AUGAAAAGAAUCGGGUAAGAGGCGUUGUGGACACAUUUUGUUGGAAUUUGUCAACUUUUCCGAAAAGACCAUCACUCCCAGUGGAAUAAUAUUCGGCACCAUUUAAUAUUCUUUAUUUAGAGGCGCGCUCUGGCUAUGGCUUAUUUUCCAAAUCUGUGGAUCUUUACGGCUUGUUCUUCUUUCUGUUUCGUUCUUUUUCUCGAAACUUGAGAAAAUGACGAGUCGCUCAGUUUUGCACACUAAUCGUGGAGUUAUGGGGUUAUAGAGUCCCCCGACUCGUGACACAAUAAAAAAAAAUCCAACGUUCCCAGUCGUCUUCCGGAAAUUGUCCAUAUGCUAUUACGAAGGUUAUCUCCUUCCUCUAGAGCUAUUUUUAUUCCAAAAGCCAAUUCGUUUUUUGUUGAUGGAUCUCCUCCUCAUAUUUUCUGUUAUUCCGUCUCCAUCUGGCUCAUUUUCGUUUAUUUGAAACGAUUCUUCUCCCCGCUCCUCCGUAACCUACACAUUUUUCAGCACUCUCUUCUUUGACCCAUUCAAAAACCACAAAAUGCUAUAUGAUUUCGAUGAUCAUAACUUAUUCAUAACACCAAAAGUAAGGAGAAUUGCAACGUUCAAAAGUGCAUUUAUGUAUUUUUUCAGAUAGCGUACUUCCCGGCCGCAAUCGGCGGAGCCUCCAGACACAUGAUGGUGAACGGAAGUAGUCACAGGUACUUUUAAUGUUUGCAAAGUGCCUUCAAACAUACAUUUUAAAGGAUCGCCGUCAAGAUCAAGUGCAGUGAUAACGAACUGUUCCGAGUUUCGCCGGUCUACACCCUUCUCGAACCGGGAAAUGCGCAACGCCUGCAGGUGAGUUAUGAUUUGUGAGAGGUGCCGAAAAACUGGUUACAAUCGACUCGGAAUGUUGGGAGUGGCCCGGAAAGACGGACAUGGCUUUCUGCGGAGAAAAAGAUUGUAUUAUAAUUUGGACCGAGAAAUGAAAUAAAAGUGUUCAAAAAACUGUGACGUCACUGGUUUCUGAACCCAAACGGGUUGAAAGUACAUAUUUCAGAUAGUCCGUGAUCCGGGGCCUGCGAAGGUCGAUAAGAUUGUUGUGAUCUACAAAACGACGUGUGCCAGCAGUGCGAGGGAUGCAUUCGAAUGUGAUCUUGGUAAGAUAAUGCACAAAAAGCGGAAGAAUGAUAGCACACUUCAGGUGCGGAACGGAAGGUGAUUGCACUGAUAGCGAAGGAAGAUGUCACCAUGUCAAUUGCCCCGACUACUAAUCUCAAAUCCAUUUUGCGACAAAGUGUUCAAAAAAGUUGA